CGUGAGUUGCGAGCAUCAACAAUGAACAGAAGAACGAGCAACCAAAGCUUUGAGAGGCUGCCGAGCGCCGUCCUGGAGGAAAUCCUAGUGAAGAUGGAUGUGGAGUCCCUCUGCUCAGCAGCUUGUGCCUCCCGAACCCUGCGUUCCUCAGUCUCUCAAAUUCUUUCCUCCCUAUCCUCUCUUGAUCUCUCUGGUUUUUCUCCAAAUUCGGAGAUUCUGAAUUGCGUUCUUCGUGAAAAUGAAGUUCUCAAGAGCCUCACUCUGAAUUGCCUUCGGCUCGACGAUUCAUCAGUCCGCAAUUUCAUUGGAAGUAGUCUUCAAGAAUUGGUUUUGCAAAGAUGCUCUUUACUCUCUUAUCAGAUUUUUUGUUCCAUUGGAGAAAGGUGCCCCAGCUUAAGAGUGCUUGUGCUGGAAAUGGGAGGCCAAGGGCUACCUCAGAUCUUCAAGAAAAACCUUGCACAGAUGCUUAAAGGGUGUGCAAACCUGGAGACAUUGAGUUUAAAGAUUCGAGGGACAGCAGAGCUUGAUGCAGAUGGUUUUGAGUCCAUUGAGCUCUUCCUACCCAGAACUAUCAAAAUUUUGCGGCUGCAGCCUGUACUCGAACAUGAUGUGAUGCAGUUCAUGCAUGAAACUAGGGUAGAUAGAAACUCUGUAGCAAGUGACAGUUUGAGCAUCCCCACAUAUCCUGCACCCAUUGAUAUGAAAUUGCAUUCCAUAUCACUUGUCUUAGAUAUUAUAUCAGAUGAGCUUCUCAUUUCAAUUGCCAACAAUCUGCAGUUUCUGAUAGAGCUAGAUCUUGAAGACAGACCAAGCAAGGAACCAUUAUUGCACCAUGACAUGACCAAUAGUGGGCUUCAGUCAUUGAGUUCUUGCAGGCAUUUGACUUGUCUCUCUCUUACACGCAGUAAGCAAAAUUUCGCAGCCACUUUCAAAAGAGUAAAUGACAUGGGUAUGUUUCUUCUUGCUGAGGGUUGCAAAAGCCUUGAAUCAGUAAGACUUGGUGGAUUCUCUAGAGUCAGUGACGCUGGAUUUGCUGCAAUUCUACAUUCAUGUAAGAGCUUAAAGAAAUUUGAAGUUUUCAGUGCCUUCUUCUUGUCAGACUUGGCCUUUCACAACUUCAGUGAGGCCCCAUCUUCCCUCACUGAAGUACGACUUGUUUCUUGUAGUCUUAUAACCAGUGAAACUGUUGGGAAACUAUCCUCGUGUAGGAGUUUGGAGGUGCUGGACCUGUGGGGGUGCAAGAGUGUAGCAGAUAACUGGCUGGGUUUAAUUUCAACUCUUAGUGGACUGACUACUUUGAAUCUUGGUGGGGCUGAUAUUACUGACAACAGUCUAUCGGUUCUUAGUAUGGGAAAUUCACCAAUUGCAUCCUUGUGUCUCCGAGGUUGUAAGAGGGUAACUGACAAAGGGAUAGCUCUUCUGUUUCGGGGUGGAGGAACAAUUAGUAAAACACUGUCAGCACUUGAUUUGGGUUACAUGCCAGGAAUAUCAGACAAAGCUGUCCGUACAGUUGCUGAGGCUGGUCUAAAGAUUACCGAUUUGUGUAUUCGGUAUUGCUACUUUGUCACUGAUGCUUCAAUGGAGGUUCUGGCUUCAAAGAGAAGAUCUAAAGGACACAAACCAAUUCAAAACCUAGAUAUUUAUCACUGCAUCGGGUUAUCACUCAAUUUAUUAGCAUUCCUUAGGAGGCCAUCAUUCUGUGGUUUGCGUUGGCUUGGCAUUGGGCAGACUUCUUUGUCAAAUAGACGAAAUGCGAAUUUUGCUGAAAUUUACAGGGAUCGUCCGUGGUUGACAGUAUGUUGGGAUGGCUGUGAAAUGGGAUGUCACAAUGGAUGGCAUUUCCAUGGUCCUGAGGAUCAUCUCUUUUGAGGAUUGGACAAUCCUGAGUAUGUAUAAUGUGUCUGUAUUUUAGAUUAACUUCCAAAAGAAAGUUGAUGAACCCAUUGAGUGUUAGGCUUAAGGCCCCUAAUUUCUGUAGCGAAAAUUUGGAUAUUCAAAGGUUCCAUCAGGAAGCCAGUAC